AUGUGCCAACAACAGAUUCCUGAAUUUCACGUCUCCCCGCAACCUCCUGUUUCACCUCCCACAAUGGAUAUCGAUCCCAGCAGAAGGAAUAAGAAGCCCCGUCUCCUCUUGGAGUCGGAGCGCGAGCGUCUAGAUGAAUUCAUCGACUCCAUUCACUACUCCGCACGCUACUCGGACGACAAGUUUGAAUACCGCCACGUGCAGCUGCCCAAGAACAUGCUCAAGAAGAUCCCCACAGACUACUUUGACAGCUCCAAGGGAACAUUGAAGUUGUUGUGGGAGGAAGAAUGGCGAGCGCUCGGUAUUACACAGAGUUUGGGUUGGGAGCACUACGAGGUACACGAACCAGAGCCUCACAUUCUUCUGUUCAAGCGGCCUCUGUGA